AUGUCCACUCUGGAGGAGGAGACGUUUCUACGACUUCUCACGAGAAUAGACAAUGAGGAGUACAGCCCCAACUUGGGUGAACGAGCUGUUCUUUACCGUGCGUUCAACAGCACGCUUAACCCUUUAGGAAUUUACUUCGCAUUUGUCGGUGCGGUUGGGGGUUUUAUGGGUAUGAGCUAUACGCGAAAACCUUCUUGGCGAGCAUUUGGUGCGUUAUUGGGUUCCCUGUACUCUUUUGAGGUGUCUUGGGGUUUUCAAGGCCAUCAGCCUUGUUUCAGUUUCUUUAACGACAUUCGAUCGGUAGACGGCCAAGUACGAGACAAGGCGGGUGAGUGUCACGCAUCAGGGCAUUUGAGUAGAAGUUGUUUAUCACUUCGGGGGAUUGUUUUUGACUUUUUCACAUUGGACAGGACGGCAAAAUGGCUCUACACAGUUGUGUUUGCACCUGCCGGUCGAGCGCGCUGGUUCACGCAUUUUAGAAUGGAAUGGCUUGAGGGGUUGCCAAUAGAUCCAUUGACAUUAUGGUACUGGAGGUUUGCAGUGUCUCAAGCUGCUCGAAGGUAA